GUUCUACUCUAUUCGUAGCUGUUUUUAAGCGCAACCACACUUCGGCUUGAACGGCCCCUAAGACGUUCAUUCUGGGAGGCGCUUGAUUCCAGCUCCACACACCCGCCUGACGCUCCCUCGACGCCCAGGAAGAGUAACAGCACACAUCUACCUCCAUAAGUUUUAAAAGGACGAUUCAUUCGGUGUUUUAACGCUAGUGUACGCGCAUUCUGUCGCCCAUAUGUUUCUGGAGUGGUAUUGAGAGUAAUAAUGCUGGAUGGUCGGACUGAUGAAGUUCAGUUUGGAUAUCUGCCGGCUUCUGGGGCUCAGCGGCUCCAGUGAUGAGACGCCACAGGAGAUGGACGCAGGAGCCAUUGCUGAGCAGAAUGAAGACACACUCUCACAGGAUGUGUUAAUUGGUGAGGAGGGUCUCGGCGAGGAUGAGAAGGCCAGACGGAAAUCUGAGAGGCGAAAAGCCAAGAGGAAGCGUCAACGGCAGCGUAAGAAACAGGAGCAGGUUAAAAAGGAUGAAUGCAGCGAGCAGGGGAAGGAGAAUGCCGGAGCUGAAUCUGAACUCGAGGAGUCAGAGGAGUCUGAGCCAGAAGAGGUGGAAGAGAACGUCCUUUCAAAGGUGGAAGAGAAGCCAGUAGCUCCUCUGAGUAAAAGUCCUGCUGGACCUCCACUGUCUUCAGUGAACAAAAGCAGCCAGCAACCGAUGACCCGCUCCAGUGAAGAGGACCCAGAGUGGGAUGUAAACAGUGCUUUUGUUGCCAACGCUGUUAGUCACAUCCGACCUAAAGCCAAGCGUAAAGGAGCUCACAAAUCAAAAGAGAACAAGGAAAAUGAGAGCAGGAAUGGAGAAGUGACUGGAGAAGUCGUUGGUUUAGCUGAUGCUGUAACUAAAAGAAGUGCCUUACUAGUAGAAAAAGGUAUCCGAUUCGUACAGGAGGGACAGUACUCGCACGCUCUCAGUCUGUUUACAGAGGCCAUCAAAUGUGAUCCUAAAGACUACAGGUUUUUUGGGAAUCGCUCCUAUUGUUACUGUUGUCUGGAGCAGUACCCUCUGGCCCUAGCAGAUGCUGAGAAGUCCAUUCAGAUGGCUCCUGAUUGGCCCAAAGGCUAUUACCGUAGGGGAAGUGCACUUAUGGGGCUAAAGAGGUACAGUGAAGCUGAGAAAGCCAUGGAGCAGGUGCUAAAGCUGGACAGAGAUUGCGAAGAAGCUGUCAAUGACCUGCUUUACUGUAAAGCGCAACAGCUUACGGAUCUGAGAUAUGACGAGGAGCAGAGCAUCCAGUUGCUGGAAAAAUAUAACACCGUGCAGUCAGUUGUUGCAGCCAGGGCAUCAAAUCAGGACUGUGCCUUCCUUCAGCCAGGUCCUUGCAAUUCCCUCUGGGUGGGUAACGUGUCCACAGAACUGACGGAGAAGCAUUUGCGGGACCUUUUCAAAAUUUAUGGAGAAAUCGACAGCAUUCGGGUUCUGCACGAACGUUUCUGUGCCUUUGUAAACUUUAAGAAUGCUAACAUGGCUUCCCGUGCAAUGGAGAAACUCAAUGGACAUCUUAUUGAGAAUACCCGUCUAGUGGUUCGAUAUCCAGAUCGACGGAUUCAGAGAGCCCUGCCAACUCCUGCCAUUCAACAAUCAGGAUUUGCUGGGCCUAGACGCAGAGGUCCUGUCAACGGAGACGAAUGUUAUUUCUGGAGGACCUCUGGCUGUCAUUUUGGAGAUAGGUGUCGCUAUAAGCACAUUCCUGAUCACAGAGGCAAAGACUGGCAACCUUGAGUCAACACUAGUCUCCCCUUCUGUCUCCCUCUGAAAUCUGGGAGGUGCCUGCAUGACUGCAGGGGAACUGUUAUCUUCACUUUUGCUUUUGUAGAUCAGGCCCAGUAUUAUAGAUCAAGAGUGCAGCGUUAUUUGAGUUCACUGUCAGACUCUGGACCUCACGGGGGUAUAAACGUAGAGCAGACUUAUGAAGUGAGGGUUGGGUGGUGCACAGUGCCAGAGCAUUGUUACAUCGCAUCACCGUCUGCUGAGGUAUGUGGCCUCUCAUAUCGUAUGUUCUCUUCUCUCUUCCUGUGCCAACACCACCAAGCCAAAGAAGAGUCUGGUCUGACAUUUGAGCUUCAGUCCGAAUGAAUGACUUUCAUUCUGCAUUUGGGGUUAAAAACAUAAAAUCCCUUGAAAUGAGGAUCAGAGAGUUGUACCAAAGAAUAAUACUAUGCCAUCUGUGGAUUUUAUGUUAAGAGAGAGAGCUUGAAAAAGCAUUGAACUUCAAUCAGGGAAAAUUAGCUUUUGAGAUUUGGCGUGUGUGUUUUGAUUUGAUUUUUUAUAAUUUAGCUCAAAUUCCACCAUCUCACACACACACUUCAUCUGUUCAUUCUACAUGUUUGUUGCCAUUUCAAAUAUAACUUCAUCUAUGAUCCUAAAUUCUCUUGAACUGCCCCAACUGCAAGACCUCUUAGGGCUUAUCAGUAUUGCAAAGGUUAGAGCUAUUGUUUGCACCUUUCUAAGAAUUGAAGUCCCUCUUGAUCUGUUAUUUUCACUUUCCCAUUAGUUUUUAACAAUCUUGCACUUUACCACAUCAUCAGAUAUUUAAAUUGGGUAUAUGAAACAUCAACUACAGGUAGUGUUCCUUGGUUGAAGAGCGCGGCGUUCCUCGGCUGAGGUCAUCAGAACAACAUGUGAAAGUUUAUUUUAAAUAAGCUUGGUCUUUUGUUUAUUUGCAGCCAGUCAGAAUCAUGUUGCUACAGGUAUUGAUGAUCUACAUCAUCAAUGGAAUUUUCCUACAGCUUUAAGAUUUUCAAUUUUGUAUGUUUAAAGUAUUUUCUAAUGGCAUGUCAGUAAAAAAAAAAAAGAAUUUAAGAGUUUAAAUAUUAUGCAAGGGCUCAGAUGCUGGAGGAAGCUGCGGAAUCUCCUGCCCUGGCUUUGACACUUCUAACAUCAGCACAAAAUUGAAUGAGGUGUUUUGCAUCAUUUUCUCCUCUUGUAUUUUAAAAUGCCUGUUAUGGGUUUAACGAAAGAGAACGAUAUUUGGACUGGUCUUUAGUCUUACGCAUCAUAUCAUCAGUUUGUAGUCUUUUCUUGUAGAACAGAGUUUGUUGCUAUUAGUAGUUAAGAUGAUGAUGAGGUUUUUUUUUGCAAAAAAAAUGCCUUUUUUGUUUAAAGGCAUUUGAAAAUUCUUACAUUAUCUCACAUUGAUGUUGAGAAUGAAAGUCAGUUUCUGUUGUACUGUUUUAUGACACGCACUUAACCAAAGAAACACUAAUGUUUACCUAGCGUUCCGCUGACAAACAUAUCUGCUAUUUUUUACUAAUGUAUAUAUAUUUUGGACGUGUCACUUCUCAGUUUUUAGAUACAACUGCAUCGGUUUUAUGCAGUCAUUAGUCACACUAGUGCUUUUAGUUGAAUUGUUUCUCAUUUUGGGCAUUGAAGGUAAUUUCUUAUGGCAUUUUGUGACUAUGUAGAGUGCCUUCCAACAAUAACUUGCUAUCAGAUGAGUUGAGCAUUAAUAUUUGAUGCAUGAAUGCAUUUGGUAGAUGCUUUUAUCCAAAGCGACUUGCAGUGCAAGUUUUCAAAUGUUUAUUGGUAUGUUACGUGGGAAUUGAACCUAUGACCUUGAUUGAUUCCCAGGGACAACACAUGUUGAUAAAAUAUGUACCUUGAAUGCACUGUAUGUAACUUUGGAUAAACGCAUCUGCCAAUUGCAUACAUGUAAUAUUUAAACUGAGAUUUUCCAUUAACGUGGUGGCUACGAAUUGGUUGAUAAACUGAAUUAUACAGCUGAAGUAUUUUACUUUAAAAGAACGGUAAUGAAUUCAGAGAAAUGUCCCUUAUUGUGUGCUUAGUUGAUUUGAAAUUGUGGUGAUUCUUCUUUUCAGCUUUAAAGAAAGACAUGCAUUUUCAAAUAAAUUACUAUUAUUAUUAUUUUAUUCUGAGUCUGACAACAAUAAUUCCUCACUGUUGUGCUAUAGAUAAAGCACUUACUUAAACAUGCAUUAAAUUACAUUUAUUGCUUGUAUGGAGGACCGUUUGUGUCAUUUUGCUUGAAUGUGUGACGUUCUUAAUUUUGCUUUUUGGAAUAUUGAUUGAAGCAAACUACUCUGUGCUCUUUCAUAUUCUGUUAAAAUUUCAUUUGCAGCUCUAUUUAAGACUGCAUUGGGAAAACAUUAUCGCAAUAAAUGUAUGAAAGCUCAAUUUUAUUGUGUUGUAUUGUGCUUUUGUUGCCUUGGAGAUGUGUUUUAUUUUUAUUUAUUAUUUUUUUUUUUUACCUAGCAUUCUGGUGCAAUUCACUAAGGCUGCGAUCACACUAAAAUGGUUUCUGUUGAAAAAGUUUUCAGUUUUUGUUGUCCAAAGUGUGCGGUACUAGAGAGCAUUUUUGGAAGUCUCAAUUUUGGAUGAGAGAUGGAAACGUAAUGCAAUAAUUGCAUUUUCAACCAAAAACAUUAGUCUGGACAUGGCAGAGGAUUUGAUUGGAAUGGAAUACAAGCUUGUUUCAUGCUGUGCAAUACAUGCUUCCUAUUGUUUUGUUUUUUCCUUAAAUAGUAUGUGGCACCAUCUGCAAUAUGUAACAAUAAUAAAAAUGUAAAUUGUUGAUGCAGCAUUGAUGUCACAAGGCCUCUUUUAUGCAGCUUGUUUAAUUCAGCAAGUGACAUCCUGUUGUCAUCGUGAAAAAAAAAAAAAAGU